AUGAGAGUAAGGCUGGUUGGUGGUCACAGUCGCUGUGCUGGUAGAGUGGAGGUUCUUCAUAGAGGUCAGUGGGGAACAGUGUGUGAUUUUGGCUGGGAUUUGGCUGAUGCUGCAGUGGUGUGUAGAGAGCUGGACUGUGGAGAACCUGUAGAUGCUCUGGGAGGUGCUCACUUUGGACAAGGAUCGGGAUCAAUCUGGACAAAUCGCAGUUUAUGUACUGGAACAGAAUCUACACUGAAGAACUGUGGAUCAGUAAAUUGGGGUGUUUAUAAGUGUGAUCAUACAAAAGAUGCAGGAGUCAUCUGCUCAGGUGUCAGGCUUAUUGGAAACUCCAGUUGCUCUGGGAGAAUUGAAGUUCUUCACGAUCAAUCAUGGGUUUCAGUGUGUGCUGCUGCCUUUGACCAGCAGGAUGCAGAGGUUGUGUGUAGAGAGCUGGACUGUGGGGCUCCUGUACAGGUGCUGGGAGAAGAUGCUUUUGGAAAAGGAGACGCUCAGAUGUGGACACAAGAAAUUCAGUGCAGAGGAAAUGAGUCUCAGAUUCACCUCUGUCCAACAUCCUUACACAAAAACAGCUGUUCACAUGAUAAUUACCAGGGGCUGUUCUGUGCUGAUAAAAAGAAUGUGAGGUUGGUUGGUGGUCCCAGUCGCUGUGCUGGUAGAGUGGAGGUUCAUCAUAGAGGUCAGUGGGGAACAGUGUGUCGUGAUGGCUGGGAUUUGGCUGAUGCUGCAGUGGUGUGUAGAGAGCUGGACUGUGGAGAACCUGUAGAUGCUCUGAGUGAUGCUCAUUUUGGACCAGGAUCAGGACCAAUCUGGAUGUUUAUUGUGUUAUGUGCUGGAUCAGAGUCUACACUGAAGAACUGUGGGUUAUUAGGAUGGGGCAUACAUUCGUGUACUCACAAUUAUGAUGCCGGUGUCAUCUGUUCGGGUGAGUAA